AUGCGUCAGCGCGUGGCCUGCCGGGAGGCGGAAGCGGAAGCGCGCGUCUCCCCGGGAGCGAUGGCAGCCGGCGGUCUGAGCCGCUCGGAGCGCAAGGCCGCCGAGCGGGUGCGGCGGCUGCGGGAGGAGCAGCAGCGGGAGCACCUCCGUCAGGUGUCGCGCAUCCUGAGGAAGGCGGUGGCCGAGCGCAGCGCGGAGGAAGGCCGGCUCCUGGCCGAAAGCGCGGAUCUGGUGACCGAGCUGCAGGGCCGGAGCCGGCGACGCGAGGGCCUGAAGCGGCGGCAGGAGGAGGUGUGCGAUGACCCGGAAGAGCUGCGUAGGAAAGUGCGGGAGUUGGCCGGCGCCGUUCGGAACGCCAAGUAUCUGGUCGUCUACACGGGCGCGGGCAUCAGCACGGCAGCCUCCAUACCAGAUUACCGGGGUCCUAAUGGAGUGUGGACGCUGCUUCAGAAAGGGAGGCGCGUCAGUGCUGCCGACCUGAGUGAGGCCGAGCCCACCCUCACCCACAUGAGCAUCGCCCGGCUACACGAGCAGAAGCUGGUGCAGCAUGUGGUGUCUCAGAACUGUGACGGGCUGCACCUGCGGAGCGGGCUGCCUCGUUCGGCCAUCUCAGAACUCCACGGGAACAUGUAUAUUGAAGUCUGCACAGCCUGCGCCCCCAACAGGGAGUACGUGCGGGUGUUUGACGUGACGGAGCGCACUGCCCUGCACCGACAUCAAACGGGCCGGGCCUGCCACAAGUGUGGGGCCCCGCUCCGGGACACCAUUGUGCACUUUGGGGAGAGGGGGACCCUGGGGCAGCCUCUGAACUGGGAGGCGGCCACCCAGGCUGCCAGCAAAGCAGACACAAUCCUGUGUUUAGGCUCCAGCUUAAAGGUUUUAAAGAAGUACCCACGCCUCUGGUGUAUGACCAAGCCCCCCAGUCGGCGGCCUAAGCUCUACAUCGUGAACUUACAGUGGACCCCAAAGGAUGACUGGGCUGUCCUGAAGCUCCAUGGGAAAUGUGAUGAUGUCAUGCAGCUCCUCAUGGAUGAGCUGGGCCUGGAGAUCCCCACCUACAGCAGGUGGCAGGACCCCAUCUUCUCCCUGGCUACCCCCCUGCGGGCUGGUGAAGAAGGCAGCCACAGUCGGAAGUUGCUGUGCAGAAGUGGAGAGGAGCUCCAGACGGAGGACCAGGGUGCCCCUCUUGGCUCAGCCCCCAUCCUGGGUGGCUGGUUUGGCAGGGGCUGCACCAAACGCACAAAAAGGAAGAGAGUGACAUAACCUGGUGCUUGGCUGGGAACAGCACUGGCACUUUGCAGGCGGCUGGAACUCUGAUUUGGGGGCUGGUAGCACCCAGAAGGCCAGGACUCUGCCCCACGGGGUUAAUGAAAAUUCUCUAGGAGUGACAUCUUCCCAGUGACCAGCUUAGCCAUCUGUCUUGAUGGGAAGCCCCUUGCACUGCUGUGGUUGCCCCCCACCCAUGGGCCUGAGGGUCGACACCUGGCCCAACCAGCUUCUUCUGAAGAGGUGGCAGCCAUGCGUUCCCUUGAGAACGGAACUCGGGUUGUCUCCCACCUGGCAGGCCAAGAGGAAGUAAAUGCUGCCUUAUCUUGUUCAGGCUACUCAGGGCCUUCAACCCCGUUUCUACUUCUUACUACGAAUGUUAACUUUAUAGCAAACCUUUUUCUGCUUUGGUAUGCGGCAAAGGGGCGGUUUGGAGCCUUAGCUCUCGGCAGACCUUUUUAUUGUUAUUAAACAUCUGCACUGUC